CAGAGUCAAAACAGCCACAGCGAGGAGAAGCGGGAGGGGGGAAAUCCACAUCAACAGUUCUCAUUUUUUAAUCUGUAGCGAUGAACCAGCGCCUAAAUAAUAUGACAUAAAAACGCUUCAACUUUCGCUUUUUAUCCAUCCUUUUUAUUCGUCUUUUACCACCUUUUUUUUUUUGAACAGGUGAUAUUGUCUCGCUCACCUUUCACACUGCUGGCACACACGGGCACUGGCUCUGCUUGGGCACUUUGUUGCGGUCAUCCAUCUGCACAGGCGGCUGCAGCUUGUUGGUAAACACGACUCGGAUCCCGCCGGCAAGGACUCCCUCUGGCGCAUUGAUGCACCCGUUUCAGUGGUGUAACGGGUGCUUCUGUGGUCUGGGACUGGUUUACGCCAAUAAGUCGUGCACCAUGCCACCCAUUACCUUCCAGGACCUGCCUCUGAACAUCUACAUGGUCAUCUUUGGAACAGGCAUAUUUGUCUUCAUCUUGAGCCUCAUCUUCUGCUGCUACUUCAUCAGCAAACUACGACACCAAGCCCAGAGUGAGCGGUUUGGAUACAGAGAAGUAGUUUUAAAAGGAGAUCCAAAAAAGUUGAAUCUUCAUGGGCAGACAUGCGCUGUGUGUCUGGAGGACUUCAAAGUGAAAGACGAGCUGGGAGUGUUGCCAUGCCAACAUGCUUUCCACAGGAGAUGUCUGGUAAAGUGGCUGGAGGUUCGCUGCGUCUGCCCCAUGUGCAACAAACCCAUAGCCGGCCCCCCUGAGCAGCACCACAGCAUAGGGACUCUGCUGGAUGAACUGGUGUAACCUCUCAACACCUACCAGUCUGGGUGGGACACUGGAGCCCGGCCAAACCAGCUGGUAUAAGUUAGUGACCAACAGGGAGAGGGACACUGUUUUGCAGUUAAAACAUCGCAAAACACCAACAUGAUGAUAGUAAGUUGGGGUAACCUAGUUACCACCCAGAGGAAGACUCUGAAGAUGCUGUUUCCUAGCAACCAUCUCCGAGAUGGCAACACGACACCUUGUGGUGUCUGAGAGAUUAUCUCCAGCCACCCACACAUCACUCCACCACUCUCCUUUCAACAUCCCCCUCUCCACCCGACCCGUCACAUCUUCUCUUGUUGCCUCGAGUGAGGUUAAUGGCACCACUGAAGUGGAGGAGACACAGUUGCAUUUUUCACAGAGAUGUGGACAAAUGAGUGUUGAAGGAUGAAAGCGCUGGGUAGGAGGCGCUGAUCCCCUCUGAGCAUGUGCGGGUGCUGUAUGUCACGGUGGGUACUGAUACAAAAAAAAUAUCAAUAGUGGCUGUGGUUAUCAAAACUCCUGAGGAAAAUGGAUCUUGAAUUCUUUCAGACAAGGAGCUGUGAGACAAGGCCACAGACAAAUUGAUAUUUUUUGCUCAACAUCCCUGGCAAUAGCACAAGGACAUGUUAACAGAAGUUACACUGCUAACAAUACAGCAAAUUCUUAGAGUUUAUAAAAAAGAUUCAGUAGAGAAAGGGUUUAACAAAGGCCAGGAGAGAAUAAUAAAAUAAUACUGUAGACAGGGCUGAAGUUACACUGGGGAAAAAAUAAUGGAAAAGGUGGAAUAUCUCAUCAGUACCUAAAUUAUUCAUAUUACCCAGAAGAAGUGGCUCAAGCUGUGGCCAACUUGUAGCAAAUUAAUCAGUGUUUUCAUCAAAUCUUUUUCUUAAAACUGAUCUUUUGCUGAUACUGAGUGUAAAAUCCAAACAGGUGCCCACAUCUACAGUAAUAUCAUGUAUGUUCUACAUACUGUACAUGCUCCAGUUGUGUUUUUUUAUGCGGGGAUGUUUUAUUGUUCAGACUUGGUUUUAUUGUGUUAAUAUAAAUGGAAGGAACUGACUCCUCCUGCCUCUCACUGUAACAGUUUGGUUCUUUGUUGGAAUAUGUGUUUUUUGGGGUUUCUUUUUUUUUUUUUUUUUAGAUAUUACACUUUGAAUUCACAAAAAAAAAAAAAAAAAGUUUCCAUGCCUCUGUCCUUAUAAAAAAUGUCAGAUUAAGGCUUGAAUGCAGCACAGCACAUCCCUUGUCUUCAGGUGUGGUGAAUGUUUUAUAAAAGUCUAUGAAGUAUCAGAAAUGCUGCUUCAUCUGGAGACAAGGGAAGCAGCAGUACAGACCCGCGGUGUUGUUCUGUGAAUUCACCUGGGAAGCAACUAAAUCUCACUUUCACACACAGCAUUUUUGAGGCAUUAUUUCUGGUGAUUUUAUUAUACAUUCCUGGGUUGUAGUUUUUUAUGUUGUUGUUAUUUACAGUGAUUCAGAAAGCAAAACACUGCCUAAAUUGAGCACAAACCUCACAAAGCACAUUGUCUUGAUACAGUAAGGCACCUGCACUGAGCACACACCCACACACCCACACACACACACACACACACACACAAACAAUUGAGGCUGUUGAAUUCACAUCCACGUGCCAAGAAAAGAAAAAAAAAUGUCCUGCUGCAUUUUCAGCACAUGCAGGAGAAAUGUUCACUCUGGUCACAUUCCACAUUUUGUAAUCCAACAGAUGUAAAUAACUUGAG